GCAUAGAAAAAGAAGCUUCUCUUCUCUUUCUCAUUCUGCAAUUCACACAUCCACAACCACCAUCUCAAUGCUGAUUCACUUUUACUUCUAGACUAGGCUCAAAAAGGGAAAAAAUCCCUUGCUUGGCCUCUAAGUCUUGUAGCGGCACCUUUAUAUAGCUGUGUAUGCAGCUCAAAAACUACUAUAACCAGAUCCUCCAUGGCCACCAAAAUCCUAGCAUCUUUAAGCCAUGGUUUUGAGAAUGAAUGCAAGGAAAUUCAUGAUUCUUGGGGAAGAUUGAAUCAGUUGAUUCGAGCUUUGGCUAGUCGAACGCAGCUUGAAUGCCGGCGAAUUAGAGAGACUUACAAGGAAAUGUAUGGGGAAGACCUGAUAACUCUACUGCAAGAGACUAGUAUGAGUAGCAACAGAAAUGAGCCUGGGGUUUCACCAAAAACUUGUGCAGCCUUGUCUCUUUGGAUGCUUGAUCCUCAUGAACGUGAUGCCAAUUUUGCUAGGGAGGCAAUUCAGCAAGAUGAUGCUAACUAUAAGGCUCUUGUGGAAAUUUUUGUAGGACGAAAAUCAAGUCAUAUUGCCCUCAUCAAGCAAGCCUAUCAAUCAAGGUAUAAAAGCCAGUUGGACCAGGAUAUCGUCAAUAUUGAGCCUCCCCACCCUUACCAGAAGAUUCUGGUUGCAUUAGCCACAUCACACAAGGCACACCAGGCAGAUGUUAGUCAACAUAUCGCGAAAUGUGAUGCCAGGAGGCUUUAUGAAACAGGGGAGGGAAGUCCUGGAGCCAUUGAUGAAGGUAUUGCGCUAGAGAUUUUCACUAAAAGGAGCAUUCCACAGCUUAAGUUGACGUUUUCUUUCUAUAAGCACAUCUAUGGACAUGACUACACAAAGUCAAUCAUCAAAGGGAAUUCUGGGGAGUUUGAGGAUGCAUUAAAGAUGGUUAUAAAAUGUAUUUGCAACCCACCUAAUUAUUAUGCAAAGACUUUGUUUGCAAGCAUAAGAGAGAUGACAGCAGAUAGAGGUGCCUUGGCACGUGUGAUGGUGAGCAGAGCUGAGAUAGACAUGGAUGAAAUUCAAAGGGUUUUCAGGAUAAAAUAUGGAGUAGAAUUGAGAAAAGCAAUAUGCGACAGCAUUCCCUCGGGGGAUUACAGAGACUUCCUUCUUGCUUUAGCUAAUAAAACAGCUACUGCUCCUUCAAAAGCAAGUUUUAAAAAAGACCAGCUGAAAGUUCACCUGGGCAGUAAUGGCGUCCUAACAGUUUCCGGUGAACGGCCAUUGGAGGGAACUGGGUGGAUCCGAUUUCGCAAGGAAUUCAACCCUCCUAAAGACUGCAAAUCAAAUGAAAUUCGCGCAAGGUUUGGUUCUGGUAUUCUUUAUAUAACAAUACCUAAGAAAGUUACUCCCAAAGCUCCCCAACAGUAUCCACUUACACCAGUGCAACAAGCGUCGGCAACAAGUCAAGACAAAGGAAAACUAGAACAAAAGAUCAGCAGUCAGAGUAAAAAGGUUGCAGAUACUUUUACAGCUAAACAAUCAGGUGCUCGGGAAGUGAUGACCUCACCAAAUGAAAAUGUUGCAUUGCCCAAGGCUCGUCCCAAAUCUUUUAUUUCAAGGCUUAAAAUGGAGAGAAAGACAGCAAUGAAGGUUGGGGCAAGUGUUACAGUGCUGGCACUGCUGUUUACUAUGCUAUUUUAUGCAAUCAAAGUUUAUGCUCCCAUCAUCAUGCAUGUGUAGAAAUAUCAAAUUCUUGUCGAC